ACACAUGUGGCUGUAACUUUUUAAGGGUACAUUUUCAGUGCUUUGAGCACAGUCAAAAUUCUAUCACCCAUUUUUUUUUAACAGCAAAUCCAUCAAAGGGAUUUUUCAAAGAAGCUUGCAUCUCAUGGCUCUGUGUAAGUGGAGUUAGGGCAAAUGACCUCUAUUAUCCAUGAUGUGGUUGAUGAAAUCUAGAUGGUGGGUCUUGAAAUAAGCAUUACUGAUAAAUCUGCUUGAUGCAGCCUUAAUAAAAUUCAUUUUUUUGCAGGGCCCUCCCAUCUUAUCUUGUAUAUUCUAGUGUCACGCCCUGUUUGGUAAAAUUCUGAGAAAACAGGUGAGCUGUUUACUGUCAGUUCUGUAAAACAGAUACCGUAGAUUGAGUAGAAUGAGGAACAGGAAACACCACAUUAACCACACAGGAUUAUUAAAGCUGAUCAUUUUGGAGCCACCUUGAAUAGUAAGCAUCACAUUCAGCAACAUAUCAGUCGGAUCAAACCUUGAGCUUCCAGUCGAAGAACAAUGAAUGACUCAUUUAAUGACAGCCAAAAUUUCACUGACUAUGCCAAUAUCACAGAUGAAGUCUGUGAAAAGGAGGAUUUAGUCAGCUUUGCAUCCAUUGCCAUUCCAGUUUUCUUCUCUGUUGUGAUCACACUGAGCCUCAUAGGGAACAUCCUUGUCCUCGUAAUACUGGCUCUGUAUGAAAACAUCAAGUGUCUGACCAACAUUUUUAUCCUCAACCUGGCCAUCUCUGAUCUCGUUUUCACUGCUGGUCUGCCCUUCUGGGCCAUUUACCACAUCUCGGGAUGGGUGUUUCCAGACCUGCUUUGCAAUAUUGUGACUUUUGUUUUUUUCAUUGGGUUUUACAGCAGCAUCCUUUUCCUGACCAUAAUGACCAUCUACAGAUAUCUGGUCGUGGUCCACCCUCUCUCUAAACUGAGCGCACGAAAAAACAGAGUUGGCAUUUUUCUGUCUAUCCUAAUGUGGAUGAUUAGCAUCGGAGCAGCCAUGCCCUCGCUACUCUACAGCGCUGUCAUCUCCAUCCCCCACAAGGACACACAUUCCCGAGGCUGUGAAUACAUAGACACCUUGUGGGAAAUCAGUUCUAUAUCCCAACAGAAUAUUGUCUUCCUGGUUGCCUUUGUGGUGAUGGCUUUCUGCUACAUCAACAUACUGAGGAAAAUCACACGGAGAAGAUCCCACACAAAGAACAGGGCAGUUAAAUUAGUUUUCUGUAUCGUGCUUGCGUUCUUUGUCGGCUGGGUGCCGUAUAAUGUGCUCAUCUUCCUGAGGACUCUGGCUGACAAUUUGGUUGCACCAUUUGAUGAAUGUGAAAUAAGCAUCCAGCUUGAUUAUGCGUUCCAUGUGUGUCGCCUCAUCGCUUUCUCCCACUGCUGCCUGAACCCUGUCUUUUAUGCAUUUGUCGGUGUGAGGUUCAGGAGCCAUUUGAAGUCACUGCUGCGUCAAAUGUUCAGUCGGCAAAGUCCAGUGAAGGAAAUGCAGGUUACAAUGCAGAACCUUGUGUCACAAGGAUCACUGUUGUAGUCAGUGUGCAUCACUGAUUUUAAAAAUGAAUCUAGUGUACAUUUGAUGAUGCAACUUGUUAGAUAGUCAGCAGUUAAGAAGAAGUGUCGUUUUUCAUGGGAGGCUAAAACUAUUAGCAACAGUGGAAGUGGAAUAUCAAUAUCCUCAGUUCUUUUUUUCCACUUGUUUUAAUUUUCUUCUGUAUAUUUAUUGUAAUGUGUCAUUUCACAGAUAUUAAGUAUUGUAUUUAUAGGAUACUGUGGUAUUUCAAUGAUUCAUUUUAAACAAAAAUGUUGCAUUCUCUGUUUUGUGUGUAGAAAAUAUUCAAUAAUAAAUUUCCAUAAAAUAUAUAGUUGUUAUACCGAGUGGGUGAAAACUGCAUUUAUUGUUUUUCCUUUUGUUCAGUAAAAACAUCCGACAAUGACUUUA